GGAAACUUGAGGUUUAUGGUUUCGGGACUUCCCUGCCCUGGAGUAAAUCUCUGCGUGUUCCUGGCUCUCCCAACAUCAGCCGUGGCAGUUGUGAGAAGGCCUCUUGCCCAGCCCCACCGAGACCUCACGCCUCAUUUGCCUGAGGUUCAGCUUUUCCCCCAGAUGCAAAUGCCGUCUGCUCCGGUUCCAGCAAGAGUGCUGCUGCUGAGAUGGAGGCCCUGCUCCCUGGUCUCUCCCUGCUUCUGAUCCUCCUGGCAGCAGGGUGGGGACACGGGGCGGGUGCAGCCUGGGCAACGUCUCCUGGUGGCUGCAAGCUCAUGCAGAGCACGGUGGACUGCAGUGGCAGGUGGCUGAGCUGUGUCCCAGGAGACCUUCGAGGUGAUGCUGAGGAGCUGUUGCUUGAUGACAACACUAUCCAGGUUCUGGGCAAUGCUUCUCUGCUCUCACAUCACCAGCUGCGACACCUCAGCUUGACCAAGAACCGGCUGGAGCUCAUUGAGCCCGGAGCCUUCCUCAGCAGCCAAGGCCUCCACGUCCUCUCCUUGGCAGACAACCUCCUCUUCACCAACUACUCGCUGACAGCAGCUGCUCUUUCUGCUCUGCCAGCCUUGAGGAUGCUGGAUCUAGCUGGAAACCGCCUCACUGAGGAUAUGGUGUCAGUUUUGGUCCAAAACCUGUCUUCCUUGGAGUCCCUGUCAGUGGCCAGGAACAUCAUCAUGAGGCUGGACUCCUCCAUCUUCAUUAACCUGACACAGCUGUUGGAGCUGAACCUGGAAAAGAACUACAUCUUUGAGAUUGACCAAGCUUUUGAAGGGCUGCAGAAGCUGCAGAGGCUCAAUGUCGCUUACAACUACCUCCCGUGCGUGGUGGAGUUUGGCCUGACCCAGCUCCGGGUGCUCAACCUCAGCCACAAUGUCAUCGAGUGGUUUCUGGCCCUGGAAAUCGAUGACCUCUUUGAGUUGGAGGUGUUGGACCUGUCCCACAACCACCUCCUCUUCUUCCCCGUGUUGCCCCGGCAGAGCAGGCUGCGCUCCUUGCUGCUGCAGGACAACCAGGUGAGCUUCUACCAGCGCCUGCCCAACGGCACCUCCCUGGCCGACGUCACGGUGCAGUUCCUGCUGGUUGAUGGCAACUCCACCAACAUCACCACAGUCAGUCUCUGGGAUGAGAUCUGCCACAGCAACCUCUCCUCCCUGCGCCUCCUGGACAUGAGCCAGAACCAGGUCUGGUACCUGCCAGAGGGUUUCCUGGCCCGGAUGCCUUCCCUGACCCACUUGAAGCUCAACCAGAACUGCCUGGAGACGUUCCACCUGUCAGAGGAAGACCCCUUGGCCAUGCUGAUGGAGCUGGACCUCAGCCAGAACCAGCUGGCAGAGCUGGGGGCAGAGGUGGGUACCAGGGACAUCCUGCCCAACCUGCAGCUCUUCAACCUCAGCACCAACAGGCUGCAGGUGCUUCCUCCUGGGGUUUUCACCUACACCAGGAAGAUCACUACUGUGGACCUCAGCCACAACCGGGUUGACCUCUGUCCCCAGCCAGCUGUCACAGGUGAGGUGGAGAGUCCUCUCUGUGUGGACAUCAGGGGUGUCCAGACCUUGACUCACCUCUCCCUGGCAGGCUGUGGUCUGCAGGGACUGGGUGGCCACCCCUUCCAGGGGACAUCCCUGACGCAUUUGGACCUCUCCCACAACCACCACGCGCUGUCUGGAGACCUGGAGUGGCUGCAGGACCUCGCUUUGACACUGCAGGUGUUGUCCCUGAGGAACACCAGCCUCUCCUCCACCCCCGUGGACUUCUCUGCCUUUAACAGCCUAGUGCACCUGGACCUCUCGGGCAACUCCUUGACCAUCUUCCCCACCUCCCUCAGCAUCCUGAAGCUGCACAGCCUGGACCUGCGGGACAACCUCCUCCCGGCUCUGCCACCGGACGUGGCAAGGACGCUGCUGGCAAGGAGCCUGCAGCAGGUCUACCUCAGCCAAAACCCCUACAACUGCUGCACUCUGGGCUGGUGGGAUGCCCUGCAGGAGGUGGAGGGGCUGCGUGUCCCCGACGGGCAGGAGGUGACCUGCAGCUUCUCCUCACGCACGCUCAGUCCCCGGGCGCUGCCCGGCGCCGUCCUGCGGAGCUGCCGCUGGCGCACGGCCGACCUGGCCCUCCUCUACCUGGUGCUGGCCCUGCCCACCUGCCUCACCCUCCUGGUGGCCUUCGUCGUGGUCUUCCUCAUGCUGAAGGAGAAGCUGCUGAAGAUGGUGAAAAGCAGGUGUGGGGUGUCCAGCCCUCGCUGAGGGACAAGAGGAAGGGUGAAUGCCACCGGUUGUCGGGAGCGCAGGUGAUGAUCCCCCUGAGGUGGGUGAGCUGGUGGUUUGCUGGGCUGGGAGAGCUGCUCUUCCUGCCACCGACGCCCUGAGGGUGCCCCAGGGGUGCAGUGGCUGGGGAUGGAGCCUGGAGCCGUGCUGGCCAUCCCUAAGGGACACAUCUUGAGCAGAAACCUUCAGCUGAUGUCGAGGAAGGACGUGACGCUGAACAACCUCUGGGCCAAAGGGACAUGAACAGUUGCCCCCCAGUGCUGGGUGGUUUUUUUGCCCCCAUUCAGGCAGUUCCUUUUAUUUAUUCACCCCAAUUCUCUGCUGCAAAACAUCCUCCAGCUCUGCAAGCAGCCUCCAUGGGCUGGGCUGGAGCAGGCACUGCCUGGGCACUGUGGAGAAGGUCUCCAUGGCUGCAGCUUCCUGGGCUGCUCUGGCCAGCAUCAGCAAACUGGCAGGCAGCCCUGGGUCUGCUGCUGAGAAGACAGGCACUGUCAGCAGGGCUGGGAAACACAUCCUGGGGUGAAGUUGCUUGGUGGAGUCAUGCUCCUGGCUAGAAGAACCCAUUCAAAAGGACCCAAGUUGCAACGGUGUCAAAUACUGACUCAAGACAGGAGGAUCAGUUAUCUUGGAGGUCGUGUUUGCUCAUCAAGUCCUUUCCCUCCAGCAGCUGCUGGAUUAAAGAGGUGUGAAGGAG